AAGUAUUGUUUAUAUAAAAGCGUCAGAUAAUUUAAUAUUAAUAUUCCCUCACAGACUUCAAAUUGGUUACGUUUUCAGUGUAUUUAUCUGUGUAUCUAACUAUCCAACUCUAUUACAAUAUACACACAUUUGUGUCUUUGGUGCUUAAACUAAACAAUCUUUUAAGUUCUGAAUCAGGAAAACAGGUGUUUGCCAGGUAAGGAACUUGUCAUGGUGGGUGCAGCAUACAGAACAAAGGAGAAUAAUGUACAAUUUAAUUAACAAUAUAAUAUACAAAGAUAUGAAUAAGAUAUAGAAUACAAAAUAAAGAUAAUUAGUUGUCAUCAGAUUUUUAUGGAAAUAAAAUUCAUGAUCAUUAUGUCAGGAGUAAUAUAAAGUUGAAGGCAUCCUUCAGGCUGCAGUGCAUAUGGCCACCACCAGGUAUCGUUAAUGCUCAUUUAUUCACCUUUAACCCACGAAUUCGAGGAGCACUAGGACCCAGCAGGAUCCUCUCAUGCUGCCUUCCUGUUCGUCCCAGAAAAGUCAGAAUUAAAUAAAAUCGUGUGUUUUACAGCAUACAACAGUUUCCUUUAUAGCUCAGUUUAAUAGAAAUACUAUUUCUGAGGAAACUCAAACAACCUGACGAGAUUAAUACUAUUUGGCCAUAUUCAUUCCAUAAAUGUGAUGGAAGCAUUUUAUGCUGAUUAUAAUUAUCACAAUUAUUAAUUUAGCUUCACAUUCUCUGUCUGAGAGUCAGAAAUCUCGACAGCCCCUUAACGCACCACAAGCAGCGUGGUGCCGCCCUGUCGAUUUUCUGUCAAUCUGCUCGCGCAGCUACGACUGGCCACUGGCUCAUUCUGACUAUUUUCUGUUAUUUUCUAUUUUGAAAGCUUCACUAGAAUUCAUUUAUUCAUUCAUAAUUAAAUAUAAUUAUUAUGCAAUCUAUAUUGUAUAGUAUUUAAAACCACAAAGCGGAGAGAAGUUUUCCAGAAAGGGAAGAAAUAAGAUAAUUUAGGAUAUUACAAAUUCCGUUUCUGUUGUUAUUAUUUAAUUAUUAUUUAAUAGUAGUAGUAGUGGUAGUAGUAUUUCUUAUUGAAAUUCUGAUUUCUUAAUACGUUUUAAUUGAGUCUUGAAAGUCUUAGGAGGAUUAUUUCAUCUUGUGAAUAUUUGACCUGGUUGGGGGUUGUUUGAGUGGCCGGCCGUGUCGGUCCUGAUGGCGGCUAACCGGGUGGGACGGCGGAUGAAUAAGUCGUGUAGUAAUCAGUCCCCCAGCCGGGCCGGUGCUGAUCGUGAUGCGGUUCAGAACCUUCAGCGCCGGCAGAUCCGGGUCACUGUGAAGUACAACCGGAAGGAGCUGCAGAGGAGGAUGGAGGUGGAGAAGUGGAUUGACUGUGGACUGGAGGAGCUGUACAGAGGAAGGGAGGAGGACAUGCCAGAGGAGGUGAACAUUGAUGAACUUCUGGACUUAAGGACGGAUGAGGAGAGGACUCAGAGACUGCACGACCUCUUUCACUCCUGUAACAAGGAAUCAAAGGUCUUUGUCGGUGAACUUCUAUUGAAGCUCCAUGGUUUACAGAAACACGAGGAUCUGCACAACGACGGUAUCGACCUCCCUCAGCUUCACAUCUACCCCACCCGCCCCGGGUCAGCUGACAGGGAGGUGCUGCACUGAUGGACCAAGUAAACCAUCGCAUCCUGACCUUCGGAACCGGCCACACUGGCCAUACCCUCUGCACAAUACCACCCUGACACCCCGGAGGCUCCACCAGACUGUAUGAAAUAUCCAUAUCUACGCCAUUUGUGUCCCCCGAACUCCUUCAGCUGACAGAGUUGUUUUCAUGGUUUCUUUGUGUUCUGAUCCGAAAUCAUUCUGUAAACAGUCAAUUCAAUUGAUUUAAUUGUUCUUUGUUUGUGUAAAUGAGCAUGAUGUCAAAGUUUAAAAUAGAAGGAUGAUCUUAAAAAAAAGAUACAACAAAUAGAACUCAGAACAUAAUAGAAAAUAGUGUGUGUAGGUUUGAGUGUGUUGAAUUAUGUGUAUGGGGUGGUGUGGUUAGCACUAUGCAGCAACUUUCUGUGUCUGCGUGGGUUCCAUCCAGUUACUCCAGCUUCCUCCCACAGUCCUAAGACAUGCGCUGGGGUUAAUCUUUUGAAGUUUGUUCAAUUCAAUUACUUUUAUUUUGUAUGGACCGGCAGCCUGCCUUCCUGCUUUUCACUGCCGCGUGAGGCUGAGCAAGAACCUCGGCCUCUUCACGUAUCGAGGGUGGGGCAUUCUGCUUCUGCGUCUUGUGUCGACUCGUUUCAUGGUUCUAAAACCCUAACCCUAGAGAGUGACGUCUUUGUGUGUGGAAAUCCUUGGUUCGUUUAUUUAUUCAUUUAUCAGAGACUUUUUUGCCCCUACAUCGCCACUGCUGCUUUUCAUAUAUUUGUCCCGUAUUUUCCUCCACAACUUUGUUCACAACUGACGCAGUUUGAGGAGAU